GAUGCAUUUGCUUGUUUCCAUAGAAACAGUUGUGUUUGGGAAAGCCGAAGUUGUCAGAAAGCCCCUCGGAAAAUUACUGAAUUUCAAAUUCAGGAAAUUCCUGAAUGUGCUGAAUUUGUCAUUCAUUAGAUAAAUUGAUUUGACGUCAUUAGGUUAUUAUGUUCGGCGCGCCCGUGGAUCUCUCUUUUAAAAACAUCAGCAAGCUAACAGAUGCUUGGACGGAGGAACCCAGGAGAAGCCUUCGGCCUUUAAAAAAAAACUCAGAGAACAAAUAUUUGUGUUGUUCUCUGCGCUUGAGCAACAACAACAUUACUGACUUAUUUGACCUUGAGAGAACUGUUUGUCAUUUCCUUGCGGAACCCAAGCGCCUUGCUUGGCUUGAUAUUUCCUUCAACAAGAUUACCCACAUUGACCCAAUCCUAUGCAGACUGCAUGAACUGCGUGUGCUGUAUCUUCAUGGGAACAGCAUUCGUGUUCUGUCAGAGGUGGACAGGCUGGGGGAGCUUCAGCAUCUCCACUCCAUCACUUUACAUGGGAACCCCAUAGAAACCAAUAAGACGUAUAGAAAUCAUGUGAUUUUUGCACUGCCUCAGUUAAAGUCAAUGGACUUCAGCGCAGUAACAAGCCAGGAGCGAGUCCUGGCAAAGAUGAGGCAUCGAAGCAGAAGCCGCAGUAAGACCAACCCAGCGGUCGCAGAUAUAGAGAACUCCUGAUGGCUGCGUAAAGAAUGGAUGGAUGGGCUGUGUAGUAGUUUUUCAAAAGAAUAUUUGAAAGCUGAUUAUUUUUCCAAAAUAUCUGAUUUUGACCAGCUUCAGAGAUGACGAGUGUUAUGACAUUUUUCAUGUUAGAUGCUCCAAAGUUCUGCUUUGCUGCAUCCUUGGAGAUGAUCUCUGAAAAGAUUCUACAGAAAGUUCAGAAUGUUGGUUUUAAAUGUGAAAAUAUUAACAUUUCUAAAUAAAUUAAAGGUUUUAAAUCACC